AAUGAAUUACCAGCCAGUCUGAAGGAGCGCAUCAAAAGCGGAGACCAGAGAACCUGGUUUCUCACCCGGACCUUAAAUUAAUUAACAGUUACCCCAGUCAUCAGAAGACCCCCUGUGUGUGCAGGGCUCAAGAUGCUGACCCAAAAAGUUUGAAAAUCCCCUGGUCCCGCAUGCCAAGAUAAAAGUUCAAAGGCCCUUUUCCCUUUGAAAUGCAACUCAAGACCUCUGGGACAAUUGAAGGAGCCCAGCGACACCCCCUGGCGGUGGAGGGUUACUGCCAACAGCGACAACACUUCAGCUUCACUGAAAAUGAAUGUUGUGUGACAUUUUAAGAACUUUGCAUGAAUGCUCCAAGUGUCUACCACCACACCAAUGUCACUCGUGAUUGUAUUUCUCCGAAUUUGAAUGUCCGCUGGUUAAAUUAGUUUGUCAACCGAAUAUGCUUGUGUUUAUCUCAAAAUGAACACAGAAAUGUUAUCCAAAUAAUCGGUAAGUGUUGUUAGCCACUACAUAAGGUUGAAACAUUCAUUGCAUAGAUUAAAGGGUGCAUGUAAACAGUGCAUUAGUUGGGAAUUAAUGUUAUGAUAUUCCACUGGUUUUAAACCACAAAUCAUCCUAAAAUGAAAUGAGAUUCUAAAGGCGCAGUCUGCCUUCCGUUUGGGCCCGCCUCACUCUCUGAGGCACAUAAAAGGCCGAAGCUCCUUUGUCAUUUGCUCUGGUUUGGCACUCGUUCUCUGGCUCUUGUUUUUUCAACUGGCCGAAAAUCUGGCUCAGCCCGGGAGCCCCACCUCUCACCACAAGGUGGCUGAGGCUGAGAGACACCAACUUCCCUGUGUGGACCGCAGGGAGCACCUGCCAACUCCCUGAAGCUACCCUUUUGGGUGUGGAGCAGUCUACGGACAAGUCUCAGUUGGGAAGUUUUUCCCUGAACGCUUGGCUAACAACGCCACUGCAAGCGCUCCGGCCAUCCACUUUUUUUUGUUCUUUUCUUCCUUUUUCUUCAAACCAUCCCUCGUGAGUGCGCUUGCCAACCACCCGGAAGCUUGACCCGCCUGCCUGAAUUGGUCUACGCAACGGAAGUCCAACAUGCUGUUGCUAGGAGGAAAAAAAAUGUUUCAUGUGUGACUCAGCAACCCCCUACAGUGAACAAUCCAAUCAGACGGGCAGCCAUCGUAUUGAGAAUGUUGUUACCACAUUUGCUCCGAACAGACUGAAGACCUGGUGGCAAUCUGAGAACGGUGUGGAAAAUGUCAGAAUCCAACUGAACCUGGAGGCGGAGUUCCACUUCACUCACCUCAUCAUGACGGUCAAAACGUUUCGACCUGCUGCCAUGGUAAUUGAGCGCUCAGCAGACUUUGGGAAAACCUGGAAUGUGUAUCGCUACUUUGCCUAUGACUGUGAAACGUCCUUCCCUGACGUUUCUGCGGGUCCCAUGAUGAAGGUUGAUGAUGUCAUCUGUGACUCACGCUAUUCCGACAUUGAGCCAUCGACUGAGGGAGAGGUAAUUUUCAGAGUUUUGGACCCAGCUUUCCGGAUCAACGACCCAUAUAGCCCUCGAAUCCAGAAUAUGCUAAAGAUCACAAAUCUCAGGGUGACGUUCACAAAACUUCACACGCUUGGGGACAACCUGCUUGACUCGCGCAUGGAGAUUAAAGAGAAGUAUUACUAUGCUGUCUAUGACAUGGUGGUUCGAGGAAACUGCUUUUGCUAUGGACAUGCGUCAGAGUGUGCCCCAGUCCAGGCAACUGGCCCUGUUAGGGAGGGCAUGGUUCAUGGUCACUGCAUGUGUAAUCAUAAUACCAAAGGACUGAACUGUGAACAGUGUCAGGAUUUCUAUCAUGACCUACCAUGGAGACCAGCUGAGGGACGCAACACCAAUGCCUGCAAGAAGUGUAACUGCAACCAGCACUCAGACUUAUGUCACUUUGACGUGGCUGUCUACAUGGCUUCAGGAAAUGUAAGUGGCGGUGUUUGCGAUAACUGUCAACACAAUACAGCUGGAUACCACUGUGAGCAGUGCAAACCAUUCUACUUCCAACAUCCUGAGAAAGAUGUUAGAGAUCCGAACAUCUGCCAGCCAUGCAGUUGUGACCCUUUGGGCUCUCUGAAUGGAGGACUCUGUGAUGGGAGGACAGACAUUAGAGUAGGACUAAUUUCUGGUCAAUGUCGCUGCAAAGUCAAUGUGGAGGGAGAACGCUGCGACAGCUGCAAACAGGCGUAUUACGGGCUCACUGAUAUGCCAGAAGGCUGCAAAGCAUGCACUUGCAGCGUUCUGGGAACAGUUCCUGGUCGAAAUCCUUGCGACAGUGAAACAGGAAACUGUUUUUGUAAACGAUUGGUGACUGGAAAGGACUGUAACCUCUGUGUGUCUGAACACUGGGGUCUCAGCAAUGAUAUGGAUGGCUGCCGACCAUGUGACUGUGACUUGGGGGGAGCGAUCAACAACCAGUGCGAUCAGCUGACCGGUCAGUGCGUCUGCAGAGAUCACACGUUCGGCCGUCGCUGUGAUCAAGUUGAGUCAGGAUUUUACUUCAUUGCUCUGGACCACUACACCUAUGAGGCAGAGGAUGCCAAGUUAGGACCUGGUGUAAUGGUGGUUACAAGGCCCCACCCUCAGGACCACAGCCCCACCUGGACAGGUAUGGGCCUGGUCAAUGUCCCAGAGGGAGCCUUCCUUGAAUUCACUGUUGACAACAUUCCUCACUCAAUGGAGUAUGACAUUCUCAUCCGCUAUGAGCCUCAGCUGCCUGACCAAUGGGAGGAGGUUCUGAUGACGGUGAUGAGACUGAAACCUAUCAGAGCAGAUAGCCGUUGUAUAAAUACUGUGCCAGAUGACGACCACCAAAUGAUUUCUCUCCACCCUGGGUCACGACAUGUGGCUCUUCCCAGACCAGUUUGUUUUGAAUCUGGUCUGAACUAUACCAUCCGCCUCAGUCUGCCUUUGUAUUCAGCCCUCAGUGACGUCCAGUCUCCAUACACGCUCAUUGAUUCGAUUGUGCUGAUGCCUCACUGUAAGAACUUGGACCUCUUUACCACCUUACAAGGAGGGGAAUCUGGUGAAAACCAUGGAUGGGAAACUUUUAAACAUUAUCGUUGUCUGGAAAAUAGCCAGAGCGUUAUUAAGACACCGAUGACCGACAUUUGCCAAAACUUCAUCUUCAGCAUUUCUGCUCUGCUCCACCAGGGAGCCAAAGAAUGCCAGUGUGACCCCCAAGGAUCUCUGAGUACAGUCUGUAAUGUGAGUGGAGGUCAGUGUCUGUGUCGACCUCAUGUUGUUGGUAGAAACUGCGACAGAUGUGCGCCAGCCACUUUCCAGUUUGGACCAAGUGGCUGCAAAGAAUGCAACUGCGAUGCUCAGGGCUCACAGAGCCCUCUUUGCGACCAGGUCACUGGUCAGUGUGAGUGUGUUUCGGGGGCAUAUGGACGUCAGUGUCAUCGCUGUCUGCCGGGCUACUGGGGUUUCCCUACAUGCCGUCCAUGCUCUUGUAAUGGACACACAGAGGACUGUGAUGCUCACACGGGACAGUGCCUCAACUGCAGGGACUACAGCACAGGGCACAACUGUGACAGGUGCUUGGAUGGCUACUAUGGCAACCUCACAUUGGGCUCUGGUGACCAUUGUCACCCCUGUAUGUGUCCCGAUGGUCCUGGCAGCCUGCGGCAGUUUGCAGGAAGUUGUUUCCGUGGUGAUGAUUCCCAACAAGCUAUCUGUGUCUGUAACACUGGAUACAAGGGUGCUCGCUGCAAUGAGUGCUCACCUGGUUACUAUGGAAACCCUCAUGUGAUGGGGGGGUCGUGCCAGCCCUGUCAGUGCAACAACAACAUUGAUAUGUUGGAUCCACAAUCCUGCAACGCUCAAACUGGUCAAUGCCUGCGCUGCCAAUACCACAGCGAGGGGCAUUCCUGCGAAAACUGCAUGAUGGGUUACUAUGGCAAUGCCUUACUCCAAGACUGCAGGGAGUGCGUUUGUAACCAGCUGGGCAGUGACGGUGCCAGCUGUCAGUCGCCAGGUGACUGUCACUGUGACCGCAACAGUGGCCAGUGUCAUUGUCUUCCGAAUGUGAUUGGCCAGCACUGUGAUCGUUGUGCACCUGACACCUGGAACAUGGCAAGCAGUAAGGGCUGUCAGGACUGUGAUUGUGACACCAAACAUUCGUAUGGGACCUCGUGCAAUGAGAUCAGUGGUCAAUGUUCAUGUGCGCCAGGCUUUGGAGGCAGGACAUGCAGAGAGUGUAGAGCACUCUUUUGGGGAGAACCAGAGGUCGAAUGUCACGAAUGUGACUGUGAACCUUAUGGUACCACUCAGCUGCAGUGCAACAAAGACAACGGUCACUGCGUUUGUAUAGAAGGAGUGUCUGGUCCACGUUGUGAUACCUGUGCCCGUGGGUUUUCUGGCACCUUCCCCAACUGCCACCGCUGCCACCAAUGCUUCGCUGAGUGGGAUGCUGUCAUUGGGAAAUUAACAAAUCAGACACAUCGCCUUGCAAACAAAGUAAAUGCUAUCAAAGCUAGUGGAGUUGGUGGGCCCUACAGAAAGUCUAUUGACAGUCUGGAAAGGAGUGCAUCAGACAUCCAUGCCAUCCUAAACCAAAAUCCAGCCUCACAACCUCUAAGUGAGAUCCAACAGCUUUUACAAGAGGCCAGUGACUUGAUGGGGUCUCUGAGCCAGUCACUGAACCACACGGGAAAUAUUCUACUCAGCGUGCAAGAGGAGGAGAGCAGCAUGGAGGGCAAACUAAAAUUACUGAUGGCAGAUGCUCAGAAACUCGAGCAGACCGUUCAGGACAUUAUGGAUCAGGUUGAGUUCAUCAGGAACUCCGACGUCAGAGGGGCAGCUAACAGUGUUACUAAGUACUUCUUGCAGUCUCACGGAGCUGAAGAACGAGCAAAUGCAUCCACCAUUGAUGCAAACAGCCCUGUGGAGAACUCGGCUAACCUACGGAAACUCACAGAGGAUAAGAUGAACCUAACCAGAGAUGAGUUCCUCAGAAGACACACUGAGCAUGCACAGAAACUGGAUGACCUGGCAGGUCAAAUCCAGACUCUGGACCUGACAGAGCUCAGCCACAAGACAUGCGGGAAUCCAGCAGGUCAGGACUCAUGUUCGUCUUCCUGUGGGGGAUUAGGAUGCGUAAAUGCGGAGGGUGGACCCAUGUGUGGAGGGGACGAAUGUGAUGGUGUGUUGUCAAAGGUUCAUUCCAGCUGGCAGAAAGCUCUUGACUCUGAACGGGAAAUAUUAAAUGCCAUAGAGGAAGUGGAUAAACUCGCCAAGAUGGUGUCAGAGGCAAAACAAAAGGCCGAUCAAGCAAAAAUGAGCGCUCAUGAUGUUUUUAUGAAGACUAACAGGACAAAACAGAAUUUUGAUCAGAGCAACGAGGAGCUAAGGACCCUUAUCCGGGAGAUUCGAGACUUCCUCACAGAGGAUGGGGCAGACUUGGAGAGUAUCAAAAAAGUUGCUAAUGAGGUGCUGGCCAUGCAGAUGCCAACCACACGAGAACAGCUUCAGAACCUCACUGAUGAAAUUCGCCAGAAGGUGGGGGAACUGGGCAACGUGGAGACGAUCCUGCAGCAAAGCACAGAUGACAUUGAAAGAGCUGAAAGUCUACUUGAGCGGGCUCGCCAAGUUAGUCAGGAGGCAGUUGAUGUGAAGGACUCUGCGGAGAUGGUCAAAGAAGCUCUGGAAGAAGCUCAGAGAGCUCAGGCAGCUGCCGACAGUGCGAUCCAGCAGGCCACAGACGAUAUCAAGAACACCAACAAGCUGCUGCUCUCAGUAAAGUCAGAUACAUCAGACGUAGAACUAAAACUGAACAACGCCACGAGACGGCUGCAGCAGCUUGAUGAGGACGUGACACUGCUUAGAAACAGAACUCUGAAUGCCACACUGAUCAGUGAACGCACUAUUCACGAUGCAACAAGCAUAAGACAAAUGGUCAAAGAGGCGAAAAGGGACAUCGACUCUGAACUUAAGGACAAGUACGCCACUGUAGAGCAACUCAUUGAUCAAAAGGGGGACGGUGUGGCCGAUGCAAAGAAGAGGGCCGAAUUACUGCAGCAAGAAGCCAAGGAGCUGCUGUUGCGAGCCAGUGACAAGCUGCAGGUUCUCAAAGAGCUAGAAAAGUCGUUUGAGGUCAACCAUCGUGCCCUAGAGGUCAAGGCAGAACAGCUGGUGGAGCUGGAGGCCUCAGUGAAGGAGCUGCUGCAGCAGAUAAGCCACAAAGUCACAGUGUACAGCACCUGUUUAUUCUAAAAUCAAAGGUCCCUGCUUGCAAAAGGAGGAUCCCUUUUGUUUUUGGAUUUCAAAAUAAAGACCAAAAAUGGAAAUUCCAAUUUCCAAUUUGUAUUUGUAACUACUGAAUGUAAUUGUUUUCUCUAUGUUAAUGUGUCAAUAUGGCUACUGUACAGGUCAUGCAGUAGAUCGUUUCUUUGUUUUCAUAACAGCAAAGCCAAAUAAGAAUGUAAUUGUAGUGUCAUUGACUGUUUAUUUCACUAAUGUUUUAAUUUGAAUGUUAAAUCAUUGGACUGCAAGAAUUGUUAAGUUCUUCACAUAUGGCCAAAAGUUAGGAAUCAACAUUACUGUUAUUAUAAUGUUCUAUUUGAAAUAUAGUAUAGUAUAUUUCUUCUUCUUGAUUUUGCCAUCAUAUUAAAUGAUUUUGAAGAAAGCCUGUAAUAAAUACUUUGAACUUGA